GUCCUCACACCCGCUCAUUUGGCAUGCGGGUCCCCAUGGGCAGAUGCCAACGUGUCUUUAUGGGGUGUGACUUUUUGAGUGCCAGAGAAUAAGCAGGGCCUUUCUCCUCCCAGUUAUUUAAUUCCCGCUCAUCCUGUUCUCAAACCCAAUUCCCCUGUUUCUCUUCCCCAUUUGAUCCUGCGAUCUCGCCUCCAGUUGGACGAAAAAAAGAGAGAGGAGCCUGAUCGACCAUGAGUAUAUCAAGAUCAAGUCGGGAGACAUUUCAAGAUCUUGAGUUAAGGCUUGGGCCUGCCUAUCUAUCUAAAGGAGGCAUAUUGGCUGCUAAUGGCUUAAGGGGUUACCCCAACUUCAUAAUGAUCGAGGAUGAUGAUGAUGAUGUGCAAAUAUGUGCUGCUGCCUCUUUAGGAGAGACAUUUAGGGUUUUACCUUAUUCAAGUCCAUGGGCAUCUGCAAUUAGAGAAGAGGACUUAGAACUUCGUCUUGGAAUUGGAGCCUCUAAUGGGUAUUCUGGGAAUUCAAAUGGUGGGGCUAAUACAAUAGAAGAUAGAUCCAGAAACCCCAAUGCUUGGAAAUCCAGCAAGGCAUCAAGUAGCCACCACAUGUCUGACUCUGUAGAGGUGAAACUGAGAUGUGCUAUUUGUAUGGAUACUAUGAAAGAGGAGACAUCGACAACUUGUGGCCAUGUAUUUUGCAAACCCUGCAUUACUGAUGCCAUCAGAGUGCAGAAGAGAUGCCCAGCAUGCCGGGAGAAACUUUCCAUCAGCAAUAUUCACCGCAUAUAUCUCCCUGGAGUGACUUCUUAGCAACUGAGUUUAUAGUCUCAUUCAACCUAUUCUCUGCCCUCAUUUGAUCCUCUGAUCAUUUUACAGUCAGCCACAUUUAAGAGGGGGAAGGAUGGGCUAUGAUACCCCUUGAUCAUAUUAUAAAAGUUUCUGAUGCAUAAAGGGCUGUAUCAGUGAUUUCGAGAUCUAAUUAUGUGAUUUAUUGUGGAUGAGAAAGUUUUUGCAGAUUAUGUAGCUGUGCUUCGUUUAAAUUGAACAAGUAUAUACCAUGAUCAUUGAAUUGACUCAGCUGUCUUUAGUCUGGCAUAAUGAAAUUACAUAUCCUGGUGUUCCACAUUUCCAUCACCAUUGCAUCAUCUAUCCUAUUUCCCAGAAUAUCUAGAUCUUUUCUUUGCAGCAUGGAAUGGAAUAUGAGCUAAAUGGCUGUGGAAAUGUAUCUGAUUGCUGUCUGGUCAAGAGAGGUUGGACGCUUUUAACCAUCAAUCUAUUGGCUCAAUAAUUG